GGUUAACCUUACACCACCUGGACAAGGUUAAAAGGGUGAUGCACAGUUGCUUGAAAACUAUCUCCACGGUCAUGAUGCGCCCCAGCACGCUGGAUAUAAGAACCAACUAUCACGAUGGAUGCUACACGUUCAUGAGGGACACUUUCAGAUGCUGGAAAACACGGAUAGAGUCGGACAAAUGUUCACAAAUCACCGAGCUGUUUGCCGAUCUGCAGCAGUCCCUGUCGAGGAAGCAAGUACGGGAUAUUGUGUUCACCAUGAAGAAUGUCACACGAGCUCCCGCCAUGCUAGCGAUUCCAAACAGCAGGCAAGCGGUCACAACAACCACUUCAACGACAGCAUCGCAAGGUCACAGUCAACAGCAGCAACAUCACUCACCAACCAUGCCACAGUGCCACCACAGGGCGCUCAAACAGGACGACCGGCCAUCGCUCGUCGGGCAGUUAACAUUCGGUGAAUUUACUGCGAUAGCAUCCUGUACGAAAUGUUUUGGCCGACAGUCAUCGUUUCAUGCAAUGCGUGCGCGCAACGGAGAGGAACUGGGCAGCGUGCUGGCAAACCACGACGGAUCGGCAACGGACGGCGGCGGCGAACCUUCGGCUGGGCCGGAAGUGUUCCUUGGCGGUUCCUGUAACCCCACCACGUGGCGGGCGGACGUUGCCAUUCCCGCCCUAGAUCGGCUUGGCAUUUCCUUUUACAAUCCACAAGUAUCCCACUGGACACCAGAUCUGAUAGAACUCGAGCAUCGCGCCAAAGAAAAGGCGAAGGUGCUAUUUUUCGUGCUCGACUCCCAGACCCGCUCCACUGCUGGGGCAAUAGAGGUGGCACACAUCGCCGGGCAGAACUCGAAAUAUUUAUUGCUUGUGCUACUGCCGUACUCCAGCAGACAGAAAAUUCUCAAUGAAACCCUAUCGGAAGACGAGUAUAUGGAUCUCAUGAGUAAUCAGCUUAUACUGAGGCAGCUGGUGCUGCGCCGCGGACUGCCAGUGUUGGACAGUAUUCCUACGGCGCUGGAACAGAUUAAGGAAGUGCUGCUCGGCAACUGUUGCCCACAACCACCAGUGAAUCUAGCAUCACGAUUAAUCUCACUGCGACGAACGUUCGAACGAGUUGCAGCGGAUGUUACGGAAUCGGCCCGCAUCAGUCUGGAACAGUGUCAGCAAGCGCUCUGCAGUCUAGGCUAUCCGGAGAACGUUAGCACGCUGGGAAAUAUACAAAACAUUCUGCUAUGUUACGAAGAGGUGGCCGGACUCGAGCAGCAAACUGAGCUCAUAAGACGGGGCGACGCUGGUCAGGUACUUAUCAGCUUCGAGGAGUUCUGCGUGAUUGAUGCGUGCGUUUCGAUACUGAUGCUGGAUUUUUACGAGCACAACUGCACGUCACCGAUCAAGGGUACGAAUCUUCAGCAACCUCCAGUGUAUCUAACGGAUCUGCAAGCAUGGAAUCAUACACACCCGGAACUGUCCCCGUUCGAGAACGGUUCCGCCAAAAGUCCUCGGACAUUUGUGUUGCCGAAAAAUGGCGAAGACACGAUGGUGACACUGGCAGCAGUCAACGGAACGAUCGAUCCCAGUGUGGCUGGACCACCAAGCAGUAGGAGUAGUAGUGGCAGUGAAAUCUGCCGUACUCUAUCCGUCGAUACGGAUACGGGCAGCGAAGGGGUCAAACCGCUGUCGCCCCUGUUUAGCGGUUGCUCGCUUCCGGCAGUGAUCGACGAACCACGUGCAUUUACGUUUGAUGGCGAUCCUUUUGACGAUGAGGAACCAUUUCUAGGACGCAUCGAAGCCCGGGACGUGUACCUCGGGGGAAGUUGCUGGAUGAAAACGAGCUGGCGGCAACGCGUUGCCUUUCCGAUGCUGAAACGUCACAAUCUCAGCUACUACGUGUCGGCCCUGCAUGAAGGGUUUUGCUGUAGCAAACCCGAACCGAUCGUCGCCGAGCCGGACGGUCUGCAGCAGCAACAGCAAUUCGACCCGCAGUGCACCCUGCGCUAUGAUGCCGCCAUGCUCGAUGCUUGCCGUAUCGUCAUCUUUGCGAUAACGAAUGAAACACGAUCUUUAGCACCCAUGACAAUGGCCGCGCACUACAUCGGUCUAGGUUACAACGUUGUGCUGUGCGUACAAAUGCUUUCCUCGAACGACACGGCAACGAACGGGCACAAACCAACACUAUCCUCCUCCGCCAUCAAAGACUACAAUCGCGGGCGAGCCUAUUUGAUUGAUCUGGCCAAACGGCACGGCAUUCCAGUGUUCGAAGGCUUGGAGGAAACGUUCAACAGCGUUAUCAACCGGUUAAGAAACUGUACUGUAAGAUACUCAACCUAGUGCAACAUCAAAA